AUGCAUGCAAUAGUAGAAAGUAUUGGGAUCCUCGUUUUUAUUAAAAUACUAACGUUUUCUUUUUUAAUUUGUAUAUGCCAUUAUUACAAUAAUGUGUCUAUGUGUGGUAAUUCAAUAGAUAAGAAGUACACACUAGAUGAAUUUUCGCGUAUAACAACUGAUAGAAUUCUAUCAAGGAGUUCAUUGGAUACAAAAUCAACUGACGUUACAUCAAAUGACAAGGGUGACACUAAAUUAAAGGAUGAAAAGAAAAACAUAUAUGAAAAUAGCGAAAUCCCUAAACCCGGAAGAGAAAAAGUAGAGGAAAUUUUGUUAGAAAAUGAGGGAAGGAAUAGAUUACCUAAGAGAAAAAAAACUAUUUUUACUAGAAUGGAUGAAUUUUUUGAGAAAAUGAUAUUCAGUCUUUUAGGUCCCAUAGAUAUAAUUAAAUAUAACUUGGAAAUUAAUAACAAGAUUGAAGGUAAAACGGUAAAUAGAAAGAUGGAUUUAGGAAUUUCGCCACCCUAUUUAGUUUUUUUGGCAGGAUUUGCACUCUUUAUAAUAUCGAUUGCUUUAGUUUCACAUUACGAUAAUGGAGAUGUAAAAACAAUGAUAGCAAAUUUAUCAAGUACACUAUACCAUGUAAUUUUAAUAUUUUUAAUAUCUGUGGUGGUUUUGAGCAUAUUUGGUUUUAUUUAUGUUUCUAUUAAAAAGGAAAAAUAUGAAAAAAUAAGGGCAAAUAAUUCUAAAAUUUGUUAUAAUAUUCUUAAUUACUUUUAUAAGAAAUACAUUUAA